CUUCAAGACGUCCAAAAGCAGCAAAAUCGCAUACAGCGCCUCCAGUCGCAAGUGGUCGAGUUACCAAACGUAAUAGUGUUAGUAAUGCUACGAAAACUGGAAAAGAUGAAAGUUCUACACGAGGCGCUGGCAGAGGUGGUAGAGGUGGUAGGGGCGGUAGUACCCGUGGCCGUAAGCCAAGUUUACAACGUCAGCAAUCUUCUGGGGCUCUUAUGUUAGAACAUUUAGAGGGCACUGGUGCUCAUUCAACCACAACAAAUCCUACUUCAAAUAUUAAUCCCUCGACGCUCAGAGAUUUCACUCCACAGACACCUGGCGAAGAAAUAGAUCAAUACAUUAGACGGGAUGAAGAAAUAACCGAUACUGAUUUUGAGAAAUCAAAUAAAGAUGUGAAGCCUUGGGGUUCAGAAGGACCACUGUCUCCUGAUCAUAUACGAGAAGCAUUUAGACGAUAUAAACAGGAAACUGGAUUUACUACUAGGGUUUCUCAACCCGUUUUUUUGAAUAUAACGUUAUUACAUACUACCAAGAAAAAAGGUUGCCAAAAAAAAAAAGUUGAAAAAAACAAUUCCCAGAAAAAAACUGCCA